GACACCUGCUGAGGGGUGGGGAGGGUCAGACAGAGCCUUGCUCCAGAGCCCCCGGCCCAGCGGCGGAGGGAGUCAGAGCCCCCGGCCCAGGAGCGGAGGGAGUCAGAGCCCCCGGCCCAGCGGCGGAGGGAGUCAGAGCCCCCGGCCCAGGAGCGGAGGGAGUCAGAGCCCCCGGCCCAGCGGCGGAGGGAGUCAGAGCCCCCGGCCCAGGAGCGGAGGGAGUCAGAGCCCCCGGCCCAGCGGCGGAGGGAGUCAGAGCCCCCGGCCCAGGAGCGGAGGGAGUCAGAGCCCCCGGCCCAGCGGCGGAGGGAGUCAGAGCCCCCGGCCCAGGAGCGGAGGGAGUCAGAGCCCCCGGCCCAGCGGCGGAGGGAGUCAGAGCCCCCGGCCCAGGAGCGGAGGGAGUCAGAGCCCCCGGCCCAGCGGCGGAGGGAGUCAGAGCCCCCGGCCCAGGAGCGGAGGGAGUCAGAGCCCCCGGCCCAGCGGCGGAGGGAGUCAGAGCCCCCGGCCCAGGAGCGGAGGGAGUCAGAGCCCCCGGCCCAGCGGCGGAGGGAGUCAGAGCCCCCGGCCCAGGAGCGGAGGGAGUCAGAGCCCCCGGCCCAGCGGCGGAGGGAGUCAGAGCCCCCGGCCCAGGAGCGGAGGGAGUCAGAGCCCCCGGCCCAGCGGCGGAGGGAGUCAGAGCCCCCGGCCCAGGAGCGGAGGGAGUCAGAGCCCCCGGCCCAGCGGCGGAGGGAGUCAGAGCCCCCGGCCCAGGAGCGGAGGGAGUCAGAGCCCCCGGCCCAGCGGCGGAGGGAGUCAGAGCCCCCGGCCCAGGAGCGGAGGGAGUCAGAGCCCCCGGCCCAGCGGCGGAGGGAGUCAGAGCCCCCGGCCCAGGAGCGGAGGGAGUCAGAGCCCCCGGCCCAGCGGCGGAGGGAGUCAGAGCCCCCGGCCCAGGAGCGGAGGGAGUCAGAGCCCCCGGCCCAGCGGCGGAGGGAGUCAGAGCCCCCGGCCCAGGAGCGGAGGGAGUCAGAGCCCCCGGCCCAGCGGCGGAGGGAGUCAGAGCCCCCGGCCCAGGAGCGGAGGGAGUCAGAGCCCCCGGCCCAGCGGCGGAGGGAGUCAGAGCCCCCGGCCCAGGAGCGGAGGGAGUCAGAGCCCCCGGCCCAGCGGCGGAGGGAGUCAGAGCCCCCGGCCCAGGAGCGGAGGGAGUCAGAGCCCCCGGCCCAGGAGCGGAGGGAGUCAGAGCCCCCGGCCCAGGAGCGGAGGGAGUCAGAGCCCCCGGCCCAGGAGGGAAGGGAGUCCCUGGCGGGCUGGAGCCGUGCAAUACCCGCUGCUCCGGGACAGCCCUCCCGCCAACUCGCUGGAGCAGCACACCACUUGGGAUGAGGCCCUGGGCCCCGGGAAACACUGA